AUGUAGUGCACUUAUCAUGCUCUAAAUCAAGUCUUGUUUAUUUGUACAGCCCCUCAUAAGUGUAAAUGUUAGAGGAAACUAUGUGCUGAAUGUCAAUGUUAACAUGGAGUGGGAUAGGAAUAUACAAUUCCAAUUAACCUUUUUAAAGCAAUGUUUAUCAAUAAAUUGAUUGAAUAUAAACUGGACCAAAAAUCAUCCGAUCUAACAAAAUAGAGAAUGGCUUUUAAAUCUUUGCUAACUCAAAUGGAAAUGAUGUUGAAAAAAAUUUGGUUAGACAUGUCGAAAUCAAUCAAAGCCAUUUUUGAUUGGAUUGAACAGGAAAACUAAUCAUACAUUAAUCUUAUCAAUGAAAACACAAAUCUUGCCGAAUCCUCAUAUACUGAUUUAGAAAAAAUGGUCUCAAUUAUAGAAGGGUCAAAAUUAAAAGCUUGGAAUAAUGAAAAGAAUUCAUAUAUGAUGGAGUUGGAUAAGAUUAAGAAUUAGUUGGAAUCAGAAAUAACUACCUUUAGUUAAAGUCUAGAGAAAGAAGUGUAAAAGAUUCUAGAGGAAGAUGAAGAGUACUAAAAGAAACAGGAUCUAUAUGAAAUUUUAGUCUCAACUCAAGAUAUCGAUGAAUCAAUAUUAAAUGGGAUUCUUGAAGGGGUGAGAAAAGGGAAGAUGUCGGAUAUCCUAGGAUUUAUAUAAAAACCAUUCAAUUUCUAGCUAUAUGAAUCAUUUGGCUAUUUGCAAGUGAAAAUCAGUGAUAUUAAAAAGACAAUUCAAAAGAUCAUUAAUGUUGUGAGAAAUAUUUUAGAUCAUCCCUUUAACAAAAACGAUUAUACUCAAGAAAGUUAUGAAAAGGAAAAACUCCAUCUCAUUAAGAAGAUUUCAGGAAAUAAGACAAUCGUAAAUUUUCUUAAAUUUUUAGUACAACUAACUAGUAUUGAUGAAAAAUUUAUUUAAAGUGGAUCUAAUGCACUAAAUUUAUUGGUAUAGAUGAAGGUUGAUCUUUCCAACCAAAGCCUUGAAGAUAUCAGAAUCAAAAAUACUACAUUGAUUGGCGCUAAUUUUGUAAGAUGUAACUUUAAUNUUAAACUAAUAUUUAAGUUUCUAAUCGAUAGAAAUUUUAUUUAUUUUUCUUGA